ACAUGACCUCCUGUCAGCUGAUCAAAUCUUGCGUCUUGUCUGUCGGGGUCACAGCGAUGCGACUAUAAACAUAUAAUCGUGACAUUCAAUAUUACGACGCUAUUCUUUGAUUAAUUGGACGAUUUUAACAGCUAAGAGUCUCAGCAGAUUGAUCAAGUGUUUAAAUUAAAGAAGAAAGAUGUCGGGAAAAGAGCGGAUCGACAUUUUCCCCUCUAGAAUGGCUCAGACCAUUAUGAAAGCUCGUCUGAAAGGAGCUCAGACUGGCCGCAGUUUGCUGAAGAAGAAAUCAGACGCUCUGUCAAUGCGAUUUCGGCAAAUUCUGCGAAAAAUCAUUGAGACUAAGACGCUGAUGGGAGAGGUGAUGAGAGAAGCUGCCUUUUCAUUAGCUGAAGCUAAAUUUGCUGCUGGUGACUUCAGUACUACAGUCAUUCAGAAUGUGAACAAGGCCCAGGUGAAGGUCAGAGCAAAAAAAGACAACGUUGCAGGAGUGACUCUGCCAGUGUUUGAGCAUUAUCAGGAGGGAGGAGACAGUUAUGAGCUGACGGGUCUGGCCAGAGGUGGAGAACAGCUGUCUCGACUCAAGAGGAACUACGCUAAAGCUGUGGAGCUGCUGGUGGAGCUCGCCUCACUGCAGACCUCUUUUGUGACUCUGGACGAGGCUAUAAAGAUCACGAACCGGCGUGUGAAUGCCAUCGAGCAUGUGAUUAUUCCCAGAAUUGAGCGCACUCUCACCUACAUCAUUACUGAGCUGGAUGAGCGAGAGAGAGAGGAGUUUUACAGGCUGAAGAAGAUCCAGGAGAAGAAGAAGCAGCUCCGCGAGCGGACGGAGAAGGAGAUCGCCAAACGCCUGGCAGCUUUAGGGCCGAUUGCAGAGCCCACAAACAUGCUGACGGAGGAGGCCGAUGAGGACCUGCUGUUUGAAUGAGCUCAAAUAUCCUACGGGCGCUGAGAGAUCUUAACGUGCUGCAAAAAGCAUAAGAAAGCAUAUGCAAUUACGAAAAAACACCAGCAGAUUAAGACAAGAUCCCAACAAACGUGUUGCAAAUCUUCAUAACCCAAACAUAUUAAUAAGCUGCGCUGCAUGUUCUCACAAUGCAAACAAAUGAAUGAGCUGCAUUUUCUCACAACACAUGCGAAUAGCAGGGAUCACAACAGAAAUGACUCAAGGGGACUCCAAAAUACAUGACAGACCCGGCUGGGAUUUGUGACUCUUGCUCAGUGCAGUUGCAGGUGAUCUUUGAAAGGUUAAGGUUUUGUUUAUUUUAACAUCCCGAUUACACCAUUCCCAUGUGUUUUGUUUAUAAUCAGCCUCGAUAACCUUAACCAAAAUAGCCGGGUCUGUCACAUUUCAGGUUCCUCUUGAAUCAUUUCCGUUGUGUUGCAUGCUAUUUGCAUGUGUUGUGAGAAAAUGCAGGCGUUUUUUUCUCAAUGGGUUUGCGUUGUGACGAUUUGCAACACGUUUGCUGAGGAUCUUUUCUUAAUUUGCUGGCGCUUUCUGUUAACCGGGGUGUCCAAAGUCGGUCCCCGAGGGCCGGUGUCCUGGAGAGUUCAGCUCCAACCCUAAUCAAACACACCUGAACCAGCUAAUCAAGCUCCUACUAGAUACUAGAAACGUCCCGGCAGGUGUGCUGAAGCAAGUUAAAGCUAAACUCAGCAGGACACCGGCCCUCCAGGACUGAGUUUGGACACCUCUGCUGUAAACGCAUGCGUUUUCCUAAAUUGAAGCACGUUAAGCGCUCUCAGCUUCCUCUGCUUUCCAUGUGUGGUGAACAGACGAAGCUCUUGUUUUGUGUAUAUGUCAGUGCUGUGUCACUUUUUUGGUUUGUUCAGGGUGAUUAGAGUAUUACUGUAAAACGUGAUGAUCAAGGAAAGACGCUAGAAGGGUUUUUAACUCGACACAAAGCAAAAGCUGUAAGAUAGCUCAACAUGAAUUCAUUCCAUGCAGCUGUGCACAUCUCCUGCAGAUCUUAUUGCAUGCAUGUGUUAACCCAGUGCUCCCUUCUCCGUUAACUAUAGUGUGUGUGAUAAAUGAGUGGAAAUAUUUCAAUGUUAAACAAUCCUUACCAAACAUCAGCGGUGAUUCUUCUCCAUGUUCUGUCUCUUCAGUGCAAGUGCGAACCCUUAAACCCGUGCGAAACCAUUUUCCUGUUUGAUUUCAUUUCAAUAAAUGUUGUAAAUGGU